AUGAAAGAAGAAGCAGAAAAAGCCGUAGAGACAGCCAAAGGGUUACUCCAAGACUUUGUAGUCGUGGUUUCCCUCGUGCGGACCUUGACGGAAUCUUUCGGUUCUGCCAGUGAUCUAUACCGCAAGCUCAAGCGUAGAUCUGGUAAGAAAGAUAGCGACGACGAGGAAGAUGAGUAUCAUAUUCAGGGGCCAUGGUAUAGGCGUCGUCGCGACUCCAUGUUUGGCUCAGAGAAGAGGAAAGGCGACUACAGUGACAGCGAAGAAGAGCUCAUAUGCACCUCUUCUUCCCAGAUUCGAGCCGAGUACGAACGUGGGUAUCGAAAGCUGGGCGAGCCGUUUGCGCGUGGCGAUGUUACAACGCAUACCCAGCUCCAGUCUCAGAUCAUAAAGCUUCAGCAGACGGUCAUCAAUAUCCAACAGGAUCUGCUACUAAGCACGUAUAUGGCGCCGUCAUCUUCGCACUCGCACCUUGUACGUCUGAUUCAGACGGCUCGUGCAGCGCGUGCAGCUUCCAUCGCUUCGUUGAACAUGCAGUACGAACGCAUGCUGCCACCACUCCCAUCACCGCUAUUACCUCGACAACCCGACGCACCUUUAAGAGUCCCUGGCGCAUUUCCACUACCAGACCAUCCGCGACCACCGUCAAGACCACUGCGGCACAAGAAGCGCAUGGACAGCAGCUCCAGCUCCUCAUGCGAGUCAAAAGAGGUCUUGAUCAAACCGAUACCAAUCGUGAAGCCCAAACCAAAACCCACGCCUAUACCUCCACCCCCUCCCCCACCUCAGCCUCAGCCUCAGCCUCAGCCUCAGCCUCCAUCUUCACGAUACAGCACAAGACUAUUUUGCAUCUACGCCAAAGACCUCCAACACAACCCCCGUCUCCACCUCGCCGACGCCUACCGACCCACCGGCGACCACAAGUGUCCUUUCUGCCGCACGCACGUCCCCAUCCAACCCGGAAAAGCCUGGGAGCUCGUCGUCGAUGGCUACAAGAAGAAAGACGAACACGGUCAUUGCAAAACGGCACCGCGAGCGUUUCGCAUCAAGAACCGCUUUAUUGUCAAGAGCCAUAGAGAAGGUGGGGGCUUUGCAUGUGUGCUUUGCGCCAGGUUCAGGAAGUCGGAUACCGUGUGUAGGGGUAUUGAGGCGUUGAUGGAUCAUCUUUGGAGGGAGCAUGCGAGUGAGGAGUUGGAGAGGGAUGCGGAUAUUGUGGAGGUGUAG